UGCGACCUGCUUGCCUUCCAAAGAUUGAUGUUCCCUUGUCAGUGAGGAAACCUUGUGCCACCAAAUCUCAAGGCAUGGAGUUUCGCCGGACCUGGUCUGGGCAGUUUCUUUUCGGGGCUGGAACUACGACUUGCACUGCUUUGGUUAGGAGAUGCAUUGCAACUGGUGCAGACACAAAGUCGUGGCAGCAAUCAAGAGUGUCGAAGAGCAGGACACAUCAUGUUGUUGUGGAUGAGGCUGGAAAUUCGCAGCCGCUCUAUGAUGACUCCUUUGAUGAAGUUCUUCCAUUUCACCCGCCAGGCUUGGCACCUGUGCGUCGUGGCAAUACGGCGUGGCAUAUUGGCCCUGAUGGCACAAGGGCAUAUGCGCAGAGCUUUUCGAGGGUCUUCGGGUUUUACCAGGGCCGCGCGGCAGUUGAAACUGAGGGCCAUAGUCAUCACAUUGUGAUAUCUGGCGAGGAGUUGUAUCCUGAAAGAUUUGAUUGGUGCGGGAACUACCAAGGGGGGUUUUGCCCGGUGCGGAGUCAAGAUGGCAGCUACUUUCAUUUGAACUUGGAGGGCCAAGCCGCUUACCAUGAAAGAUGGAACUAUGCGGGGGACUACCGUGAAGGUUCAGCUGUGGUCCAUAGAGAUGGGAGAGCUACUCAUGUAGACCGUGCCGGCAACUUGCUCCACGGAAAGUGGUUUCAGGACUUGGAUGUCUUUCACAAGGGCUUAGCGCGGGCAAGAGAUUCGGAUGGCUGGAUGCACAUUGACGAGCUGGGUCAUCCAAAGUACCAUCGCCGCUUUCAAGCGGUGGAGCCUUUCUACAAUGGCCAGGCCAGGGUUCAGUGCUGGAACGGUUCGUGGCAAGUUAUCAAUGAACUGGCUGAGACGGUCUUUGAGAUCGCCUCAGCAAGAGAAGUGGAUGCAUUUGCGGCCGUCUCGGCAGAUUUGGUAGGUUUCUGGAAAACAAACUUUGUGUGCUGCAGUGGAGUUGGGCUUGUUUGAGGCGCUUCCAGGAAGCCUUGAGUUUGUUGCAGCUGCGACCCAGCUGCGCCCAGAGCGGCUGAAGCGGCUUCUGCAGGCGCUGAUGGAGCUGGGUGUUGUGGAACUGGACCAGUGCGGCUUCAUCGCCACAAAGCGAGGUCAAUUGCUCUGUGAAGAACACCCGUGGACUCUGGCAGAUGCUGCCCGCGAGUACGGCCGUGAGCUUGGAGACAUGUGGGCUAAGUUGCCGCAACGACUUCGUGGGGAGGAUCGUUGCCCAGAGGUGUUUUUGGAGGUGGUCACAUCACCGGAUCGAUGUCAAAAGCACCAUCGCAUGUUGCGAAGCUAUGCGCGCCACGAUUACUUUGAGGUUCCGAAGCUGCUGCAGUUGGACCCUGGAAACGUCGUGUUGGAUGUUGGAGCUGGCACUGGCGCGCUGGGGACGCUCAUCUUACAGGAAAAUCCAAAGGUGAAAGUCAUUCUGCUUGAUUUUCCGCAAGUUCUUGAACAGGUCACCGUUGUCGAGGGCUUGGAGCUUUGCCCAACAGAUUUGCAAAGUGAUUGGAGCCAGGAGGUGCCACCAGCUGACAUCAUUCUCAUGGGCCGAAUCUUACAUGAUUUCUAUGAUGAUGCAGCUCUGCGUAUUCUAAAGACCGUUCACCGAGCUCUUAAACCCAACGGACAAAUUGUGAUCAUUGAGUUCCUGCUUCCUGAAGACCGUGCUAGUGGUGGUCUGUGCGACCUUCAUUUGUUGGCCGUGACGGGCGGACAGGAACGGACCCAGAAAGAAUUGGAGACAUUGCUUGGUGCAGCUGGUUUCACAUCAGCUUGCCAAGUGCACAGAUUGAGCUCAUUACCCAGUGUUUUAUUGGCCAAGAAGUCUGGUGGCAGUUGAACUUGCGAAGAUGGACAGAUUUUUUGUGAGAAAA